AUGAUCCUAAAACAGUUAAUGAUCAUGCCACCACUGGCGAUGGAUGAUGCAGGGGUUCGUCAUUCGAUCUUGAGAACAGAAGUUGAAGUUUUGCUCGAGGCUCAAGAGCAUCGUUUGAGGGAUGAGUUGGAACGGAUAGACAGAUACAAAGACUCAUUGCUUAACCUUAAGGAUUUAGUUUUGAAAAUUGGUUCAUCAUCUUCAAUUCUUACUCCCGAGUCUUUAUCCCAAAGGUUUGAUGCUUUGGAGUCCAGAAUCAAAGCUGAAUUGGCUCUAUUAGCAAAUUUGUUGAAUUUGAUGACAACGAAUGCCCAACCUGUUCAAACAGGAGUGCAAAGGGGAGAAGGUAUUGGUGUUGUCAUUGGGGGAAGUUCGAAGGUGAGCAUAGGAGGUAAUGGAUCUUUGAAAGGAGAUCAUGAUGUAAAGGUCAUUGGAAAGGUGAUAAAUACUUAA